AUGUAAUCAAUAAUAUUAUCCUCAAUCAAGAAGUUUUAUCACAAUUCCAAUUUAAAUUUGGUAAUUUUACAUGGAUUGAUGGGAUCUAAAAACAAUUUUAAGACAAUAUCUCAAUCUUAAAUAUUGACAAAUCAUUUGAAUUCUACACAUUUAUUAGAUUUAAGAAAUCAUGGAGAAUCCCCUCAUACUUAAUCUAUGACAUUAGGAGAAAUGGCAGAUGAUCUUUCAUCAUAUAUUUAAGAAUAUAAAGAUGUAGUAUUAUUAGGACAUUCUUUGGGUGGCAGAGUUAUUUUUAAAUAUCUAUAAUAAUAUGAAUAAGAAGUAUAAUAAAAAGUCAAAGGAGUGAUUAUUGUAGAUAUUUUACCAAAAGCUGUAAAAUCAACUUAUGUAUAUGAAUUAUUGAAAAAGUUAGUAAAAAUAAACUUAAAUUAAAUCACUUACAAUGAAUUAACAGAGAAGGUAUUUGAAGCAUCUCAAAAUAAAGCAAUAACUUAAUUGUUAAUGACAAAUAUUUAAUCACAAUAGACUAUAAUGAGAAGUAUUAUUAUUUAAUUUAAACUAAUUAGAGGAUAUUUAAUAUGAUUUUAAAUGGAGAGUUAAUUUAUAAGGGAUAUUAAAUGAUUUUUAAACCAAUAUUUUAACAGAUUUAACAGCAAAUUGGUAAGGUCCUCAUUGUGUAAUUUGUGGUGAAAAUUCUUAAUAUGUUAAUAAAGAGACUGUUCAUUAAAUGAGUUUGAUUUUUCCAAAUUUUAAAGAAGCCCAUUUUAUAAAAGAUUGUGGACAUUGGGUUCAUUCUGAAUAACCUCAAGCAUUUAUAAAUAUUGUUAGUUAGUUUAUUUAAACAUUAAAAUGA